ACGAUUGGCCGUGGGUUCCGGAGUCUAUAAAAUGCGGAGUAUCGGGAAGGGGCGGGGCAUUCCGGGAAACGGCGAGGCAGCGAGGAGCGGCGAUGGCGCAGGGGGCCCUGGCGCUCGGGGUGCUGGCUCUGCUGGCGCUACUCGGCCUGGGGGCGGCCGCUGAGGCGCCGAAGGUGGAAGUGUACGCCCGUUCACGCGCCGAGGAGGGAAAGGAGAACAUCCUCCACUGCUUUGUCAGUGGCUUUCACCCACCCAAGAUUGACAUCGAGCUCCUAAAGAACGGGCAGCCCAUUGCCGGCGUCAAGUACGGGGACUUGUCCUUCAACGAGAAGUGGCAAUUUCAGCGCCUGGUCUAUGUGCCCUUCACCCCCACAAGGGAUGACAUCUUCUCUUGUAGGGUGGCGCAUUCCACCAUGCCGGAGCGACGCGAUUACAAGUGGGAACCAGACUUCUGAGCUGUGUCUGGGAUAAUCCACGAUUUGAGACAUUCUUCUUGCAAGUCAAAGUCUUCUUGAGCUUCUGUCCAUUCUUCAUCAUAGCCACAAGACUGAUGAACUUCCUUUCAGAAAUUUGCUAAUAAGCCUUGUUAAAAAUACCACUUAGCCACACCAUCAAGGGAGCUCCGCAGGCCUUUUGAGCAUGUAACUAAUAAUGCCUGCACUACUGCUUAAAAAAUAAUGGUAACUUUUCACUGUUCAAAAUUCUGAAGAAUUUUUAUCCUUAAUAAACUGCUAGUCCUUAAAAUGUU